AUGUUCAGAGCAGACAGCUACCAUUCACUAACAGACACGUCAUCCUAUCACGUAGUUGCCAUUGACUACCGUGGCUACGGCCAUUCCACAGGCGUCCCCAGCGAGGAGGGCCUCAUCCAGGACGCAGAGACACUUGUCAAUUGGGCCAUGAACGUGGCUGGCAUUCCGUCUCAUAGGAUCGUCCUGUUUGGUCACAGUCUCGGGACGGCGGUGGCAAGCGGUGCAGCCGAGCGAUUUGCCCGCCGGGGUGUUGAUUUCGCCGGCCUCGUUCUUGUUGCUGGAUUCAGCGACCUCGCCAAUUUGCUGACGGGGUAUCGCAUUAGCGGCGUGUUCCCCGUCGUGGGACCGCUCGCGGCCUGGCCCUCUGCCGUCAAGUAUCUGCAGACGUACGUUGUGGACAAGUGGCAUUCCGCGGACCGACUUGCCAGCAUCGUGCGCAACACCAAGAAGAGGCUGCGCCUUGAGCUGAUCCAUGCCUACAGCGACUGGGACAUCCCGUGGCAGCAUGAGGAGAUUCUGUUCCAGGCAGCAGCCAAUGCAACGACCAGCGGUCUCACCCAAACCGAGUUUGACCAGUUCAAAGACAAGCACAUGAAGCUCAGCCCCGGAGGCGACGGCUUUUCAGUGACUGUAAAGUCUAACCCAGAUACCAUAAUCAGGCAGCAAUUGGUUCUUCACGGAGGCCAUAACGAAAUCGUAGCUUCUUCAUCCGUGCUGAGAGCCGUAAUGAGGUGUUUUGACGAGGAGUAA